GGUUUCCGUAACGGUGGCAACAGAAGCGGCUCCCUCGCGGCCGAACAACCGUUGCCCCUCUAGCCUCCCUCCACGGCUCAAACAUGGCGAUGAGCCUCAUGGAAAUGAUCAAGUUUGUGAUCUUUCGGGCGGUCACUGGUUUCUGCUUUUUGAUCUUUCGCCUGUUCGCCCCUCAAAGAUCUCAUCUGGUCGGGAAGAAGGUCCCGCCCGUCAGCGACCCUCUGCUGCUGAUGUCGGCGAAGCAGCUGGCAGGGAAGAUCCGGAGAAGAGAGGUUACAAGUGUGGAGGUCGUGCAGGCUUACAUUGACAGGAUCCAGGAAGUCAAUCCUCUUCUGAAUGCUGUUGUCAAAGACAGGUUUGAUGCAGCCCUCCAGGAGGCGGCCCAGGCAGACAAGCUGAUCGAGGAGGAAACUGAUGGAGAGGAGGUGCUGGAAGACCGGCUACCUCUUCUUGGAGUGCCUCUCUCUGUCAAAGAGUCGUAUGCUGUCCAAGGUAUGCCUUACACUGGAGGUCUGGUCGCCAGAAAGGAUAUUGUGGCUACCGUUGAUGCUCCACCUGUAGCCUGGCUGAAGAGAGCAGGCGCCAUCCCAAUAGGUGUCACCAACACUCCUCAGCUGUGCAUGUGGGGAGAGUCCCACAACCACCUGUAUGGCAUCACCAACAACCCGUACGACCUGUCAAGGACACCAGGAGGGAGCUCAGGUGGGGAGGGCAGCAUUCUGGGCGGGGCAGGCUCUGUCAUCGGCAUUGGCUCGGACAUCGCUGGUAGCAUCCGCAUGCCAAGUUUCUUCAAUGGAAUAUUUGGCCAUAAAACCACUCCAGGUGUUGUGACCUCUGAGCACCAGUACCCUCCUUCCACUGGCAGACAGGAGGAGUAUGUCAGUAACGGUCCCAUGUGCCGUUACGCCGAGGAUCUACUUCCAGUGCUGAAGAUCAUGGCAGGGCCAAAUGCUCACAUGUUGGACUUGGACAAUAAAGUUGACCUGAAGACACUGCGGUUUUUCACUAUUCCUCAUGACAGCGGCGCACCAUUGGUGUACCCCGUCAGCCAAGAGCUCAUCGACAUCCAAAAGAAGGUGGUGGAACGUUUGGAGGAAGACCUCGGAGUCAAAGUUGAAGAGGUACAUUUCCCUGAGCUCCGCUACAGCGUCCAGAUGUGGAACACCUACAUGGGCCUUCCUGAUAACGAUGGAAAAGCUCCCGAGCCAUUUAAUGUUAUUUUGGGGGAACCAGGACCACCUGUGAGGCCUUUGUGGGAGAUGGUGAAGUGGUUCGUGGGAAGAUCUAAUCAUACUUUUGCCUCCAUCUGUCUGGCCCUGCAGGAGAUGACCAACUCCAAGGCCUCACCGUUUAUCAUUGAGCAGAAGGAGACACUGCAGAAGAAACUGGAGGAGCUGGUUGGGACUGAUGGUGUUUUUCUUUACCCCACCCAUCCCAGGGUGGCUCCAAUAACCCACCACCCACUCUUCAGACCCCUUGAUUUUGCCUACACCGGUGUUAUAAAUGUCCUCGGCCUGCCAGUGACCCAGUGUCCUCUGGGUCUAAAUGAGGACGGUCUCCCCCUUGGUGUGCAGGUUGUUGCCGGGAAGUUGCAGGACCGCCUGACCCUGGAGGUAGCUCUCUACCUGGAGCAAGCUUUUGGAGGCUGGAAGGAGCCCAUAGCCAACUGAAACCACACACACACUCACAUACUGACAGCCGUUACCAAAUCUCCAGACCGGAGCUGUAUGAUAGAAGAAUGUCAAGAGGACACUUUAUCUGCCAUGCUGCCUGCCGUAGUACACAAAUAGGUACAAUCUGAUUGUUGAACAUUUGUGGAAGAGAUUAUUUUCACUAGUGACUAAUAAUAAUGAUAUUUUUACUUUUACUGGGUUCAGUGACUGUUGCGUCAUGAACACAAGCUUUAAUUUUUUUUUUUAUUUGGAAGUAUGUUAAAUUGAGCAUUCCCAUUAGCAAUCAGGGCUUUUAUGCUUUUACAGAAGUGUUUUUUGAAUAAAUCUGCUCACCUUACAUUGUUUUAAAAGUGUACUUACAUAGGUCAUAUUAUGACAAAUUAAAGCUUUUAAAUGUUGAGCACACGUGCUCAGAUUCUGUGAAGCACAGCUGGUUCUUUGCUGGUGUUACAUGACUCUGUAUACAUUAAAGAAUCAUAAAGGUGUCAUCUGAUCCUGUGCUGAAAGGUUCAGCUCAUCCAGAGGUGACAAUCAUGUGGGGUCAAAAACAACCAGGUAGACGUUUAC